AUGCCUUUCACCAUUCGCAAAGACCAGGAAAAGACUCAGGAGGAGCACAUUGAGGAGCCCAACAAUUUCGACGUGGAGACCGGCAAAGAAGCGCAGCGCGAUGUGACUAAAGGUAGCGAUCUGGGAGCUGUUUGGCUGGCAACUUAUACCGGAGACAAAAGGAGGGAAAUUACAGAUGAAGAGAAUCAAGAAGUAGUGAAGCGUAUAGAUAGAUUCUUACUCCCAAUCGUUUUCAUCAUUUAUUUUACUCAGCAGCUUGACAAGUCGUCAUUGUCAUUUGCAUCCGUUUUUGGACUCAAAACCGACGCACACUUGGUUGGUCAGCAGUACUCCUGGCUAUCAAGCUUAGUGUACUUUGCUCAGCUCGUGUUUCAGCCCUUGUCCGUCUAUGCUCUUGUCAAGUUUCCCGUGAACGUCUGGAUCUCGAUUUGUUUCUUAGGCUGGGGCGCGUCACUGUGCAUUAUGGCUGCUUUUACCAGCUUCGCAGGAUUAGCCACUUUUAGGUUCAUCCUAGGAGCAUUCGAGUCUUCGAUAAGCCCAAGUAUGCUAGUCGUGGUUUCCAUGUGGUGGACCAGACGAGAGCAGCCUUUGAGGAACAACAUCUGGUACUCUGCCAAUGGAACAGCCACUAUCAUUGGGAGCUUGUUGACCUAUGGCCUGGGUCAUGCCAAGACCUCCAUACACCCAUAUCAGCUUAUCUUCCUAGUUUGUGGAUUAAUUGCUGUCGUGUUAGCUAUACCCACAUUUUUCCUUUUCCCUGGGCAUCCCACCAAAGCACGAUGGCUCAGCGACGAUCAAAAAUAUGUAGCUCUAGAAAGAAUCAGGAUGAACAACACCGGUACUCAAAGCACAACUUUCAAAUGGUCCCAAGUGAAAGAAUGCUUUUUGGACCCCAAGUCUUGGAUCUGCAUGAUCAACAUCUUCUGUAUUUCAUUGGUGUCUGGAGGAAUCACGACGUUCGGACCUCUGAUCCUGCAAGGUUUCGGCCUGACUACUUUCCAAACUAUCCUCUACAACAUGAUUCCUGGAGCAAUAGGAAUUGUUUCGAAUAUCUUAUCGGCAGUAGCUGUUACGUAUUCGAAGAGGAAGCUCCCAAUUUUGCUUAUCACUUCAGCCUUCCCGUUAGCUGCAGCCGCCGCAUUGUACACUUUACCUCGUGGUGUAGAGCACAAGUCAACACUGUUGGGUGUUUAUUUCAUCCUUCAGGUCUACCAAUGCAUAACUCCUAUGUUCUUCAGUUGGCAAUUCGCUAAUACUGCCGGGCAUACCAAAAAGACGACCACCACUGGUAUGAUGUUUGUAGGAUUGACUGUCGGUAAUAUAGUGGGACCUCAAUUAUAUAAAACAAGCGAGUCUCCGUACUAUAAAACCGGUCUCACAGGCAAUCUAAUCGUCCUUUGUAUCAUGUUUGGGCUCAUUAUACUUCAAGCUGUGUAUCUGAAAGCGCUAAAUAAGCGUAACGCGCAGAGAAGAAUAGCCAGUGGAAAAACAGGACCCCAUGUCGAUCUCUCUUUGGAAAAUUCAUCCCGAUGGAAAGAAUUAAGAGAGAAGCAAAGAUCUGGUCAGACCGUCGAGGAUCGCGAAGCUGCCGAUGAAGAGCAACGUGAUCAGGCAUUCAUGGACUUAACCGAUCUUCAAAAUGAGGAUUUCAUUUACUCCCUUUAG